GCUCUUCACCUGUACUGUGCACGAUCGGUGGUUCGCUCCUCUCCUCAGCAGAAGAGAUUAUUGAGAGUAUUGCGAUUCGCAAGCAGGGAUGUCGGCGUAUUACAAUUGAAAAAGUUUUAUCCGUAUACUAUGCAGUUACAUGGAAAGGUAUUAUUAGGAUGUUUUUAACUGCUAAGAUAUUAACUAUAGGUUGUGUAUACAUGAUGUGAAUGGAUUCAGAAUGAUGAUCUCGUGAGAUAUUAACCAGAUCGAACUGUGUGCGAAAACUUCUCUCCGACAACUCCAUCGAAUAGCUGGCCUUCUUUGUGCCCCAUCUUCGGGGAGGUUGUCACACAACAACCGCCCUCUCCUACCGGAGGCGAUAUUAUGACAGUUUGAAUCCAUCCUGUGUUCUGUUCUCAUCACCAGUGAGUGUGUUGUCUUUUCAUGCUGAUCAAAGAAGAUCUUCAAACUGGAUCAAGAUGGCGACUGGGAUCGCAGCUGCUUCAGACAACAAAAUGGAUCUCUUUAAACUAGUAGCUGCUUUAGAGAAUACCACACCUAACAACCUGUUUGCAUCUGCUGCAAGGCCUAAAACAUCCCAAGAGGAGUUCAAGAGCACAAAGCCGACUAAGAAACAAGCAGAAGAAGAAGAAGGACCAAAAGCUGGUGAUGACAUCACAAUGGAAACAGCUGAGGGAAUCAAAGAUGUGCUCUACGGUCGCAGAUCAUUCACUAUAGAUGAGGAAUGGAAAAAGGCUCCAUUUAUCCGGACUCCUGUAGACGGGCCGUUCCCCUAUGGGCUACUCACACCAAAGGAUAAAGCAAGAGGACUAAUAAUAGCAAUCCAAGCUCAAUUCAUUCAGAAGGUAUUCAGUGGAGGAGAUGAUGGUAUCCAGUCAGCACACGAUCCAGCCAAGGUUGCAGGCCGAUUAAAACUUGUGUAUGAAUGGAAACAGAGGAAGGUAUUUAUUGAAACACUAGCCACAAUCCUAUGGCGGGCAGGAGAGGGAAAGAAAGCCAUUGUUGCUCUAGUCUACCCAGCGUAUGCAGCUCUGCUUUACUCCCAACAAAAGAGACUGGAGCACUUCAUAAAGACAGUGAAAGUGAUAGAGUGUGUAAGUUACAAGCAGGUAACCAAAUUGCUGGAGAAGAAAUUAGGAAUGUUUGAAGACCAAGAUGGAGGAGGUCCUCUAAUGUUCCUUCUCAGUCUCAUCCUCUCCAGACGAAUCCUGAAACUCAAAGAUGACCUGCAGGGUGAGCUACUCUUUACAGAGACAGACCAGUGCAAUCUCUCUCUCAUCAAUCUUAUCUUGAUGGGACAAGCCACACCUUACCUCUUCAACGGCAAACAGGAGUAUGGUCUGGAUGCUAAACCAUUGGAUGUACCUCAGUACGGUAUCGGACAGAGAGCCGAGGUGGGCAUACUUGUGGUCGACAGGCUCGACGGAAAGGAGGCAAAGAAUGCAAAGAAAAUUACAAUCGGGAGCAUGCUGAAGACACCUCUCUUCCCCAUAUGGGUUUUGAGGUUAAAAGGGCGUUACUCGCUCUUCUUCUGUUGCAAUCUGAACCUGAAUCGAGACUGGCGGAGUGAAGCCAAGUUCAACCUCUAUUACUAUACUGGUCAGCGUGAACAAAAAGACGAAGUUAGACUGACGAUCGAUUCCAGACUGAGACUGAUGGAGGAGAAAAAGAAAAAGGAUGAUAAGAAUGUUCCUCUCCUUGAAGAGUGCAUUCAAUCCAGAUGGCCUGGUGCCCACGUAGACUGGAAUGGAGUAUCACCUUUCUUCUAAUUGGCCAAUCACCUAAUGGAGAGGAAUAAACAUACCGCCUGGCUGCGCAAACAAGAAGAAAAUGUUUCUUUGAUCAACGUAUUGGCAGCGUCAUAUUCCUCUACAUAUAUGAUGCAAGGUAUUUAGAAUCAUGUUAAUUUAAUAGAAAUUUCCAUAUAUUUUUCUUAAGAUGUAAUGUACAUUGUAUUUGAUCAUGUAAAUUAGAGUUUACCAUCUCAGCUUGUACAAGGCAGUCCCAGCUGUUUGGGUAUUUGUGUGUGCAUGUUUAAAAUGUAUACAGAUUGAAGUGUAUCAAUCAGAUAUGUGUGUCUUAGGUUUAACCUUUGUACUCAUCAUCUAAAAGAUGUAUCAGGCAUACAAAUUUGAGUAGUCUUUGAAAGCGGACAAUACGCCUACCCCAGUCUCGGUUUUCGACUUGUAGACUGUUUUUUAUGUUUGUAUUUUACUGACUGUAUUAUCAGUUCUGUGCUAUUAUUUCAUACAUGUGUAAUAUAGUAUUAUACCCGGUAAGUUAUAUUUUCCCUUUGGUCGAAAGUGUUGUUUUAUGUGUCGUUUGAUGGCUUUCAGAUGUGUUUCAUAAGUUUUAAAAGAUUCAACGUAAAGACAAAGGAAUUUCAUUAUCCUGAGGCAUUACUUUUUGAAAAGUGGGAACAUUACCUUGACAUAGUAGAGAGUAUUGUAAUUUUCUCUUCAGUACUUGAAAGUCUCUGCAAUCAUCUUAAAAUUCACAUUUUUCAGUGGUAAAUGUCACGCCAUGUGACACUGAUGGUUAAAGGUCAUAUACAGCUUUGGAAAGCCCACAAAAAAUUUGAUCAAUUUAAAAAAAAUUAGUUGAUAAAUAUGAAGAUACAAGCAAGGUAGCAAUACUAAGCUGCUGCAAAUCUCUUUUUAUUUCUCUUCAAAUGAGAUAUGGAUCGAAUGAGAGAUAGAAAAUAAUUUAGGACAGCAACCUGUAGAAUGGUAGGGGUCACUUUGUGUGGCUAUUCUAGGUAUGCAAUGUUCCUGUACUUUGCGAGUCUCUUGUAGAAACAUGCUGAAAGUCAUUCUCCUUGCUACUGUUUUAACCAUGUCAUUGGCAGUACCGUUGUCAUGCUCUUUGUCAUGAACUUUAUUUUUUAAAUAUGUAAGAUUGUAUCGGCAAUGGUCAAUCUUUGAUCUUUGUAAUUUUUAUUAAAUAUCUAUUCUUAUAAUCUGGUAUAUGUUGGUUUUUACAAAGUCGAAACCACCGACAUAUAUAUUUAUUUCUGCAUGAUAGUGCAAUAUCUUUGUGCCAUACUUGAACACAUCUUUUGCUAUGCACUUGUGAACAAUCAAUUAGCAAAUUUUGAUCAAAUAAGUAAAAAGGUAAAUCAAGCGAUAUAAUAGGUUGAUCAAAUGUGAUCAAUGUUGAUGAAUUGCCUUACAAUGUCAAAAAAGUUAUGUUUUUCUGAAUAUGUUCAUCAUUCCAUAGUUUUGCAGUAAUUUCCUUGUGCUAUUCACAUAUUUUUUGUAUGCAAAUUUGGACAAGCUCUUUAACCAAAUAUCAAACAAAGUUUGAUAAAAUGAGGAAAACUGGUGAAUCAAGGGAUUUCAAAGGUUGAUCAAGUAAGAUCAAGCUAGAUAACACAUUGUCUUACAAUGUGAACAAUAUUAUGCUUUCUAAUUAUGUUUGUCAUUUUGUAAUUUUGUUGUACUUUCCAUAAUCAUGUAAUUAAUGAAAUUUUCUGCUCUUGCCAAUUCAGAUACUUUUUGUAAUGUUGCCAUGAGAACUGUCUCAAUAUGCAAUAAUUGAUGAAAUGAUUUUCAAAUUAUGUAUUUAAUUUAAAAAAUUGUGCUAAUCAGUAUAUUCUUCAUCUUGUUUUAUGAAAUCUAUUUAUAUUCCUAUUCUGUAUCCAUCUGUAAUCAGCCAUAGCUGUAUUGUUAUAAACAUUCCAAUACAAAUGAAUAUAUAACCCUUAUUUAAUGGUGUAACAUUAUAACCACUUUUACCUCUUCUAUGGUGUCAUUAUGUUAAAUUGAAAUUCUAGUUUCAAGAACGCUUUCCAUAGACAUGUUUGAUAUAAGUUGUAACCCAUUUAAAGUCUUUUAUAUAAUACUUCAAUUGUGUCCAACAGGUCUAUUAACAUUCAAGGUCGGUCUGAAUAUUCUUUUCAUACACUGUCGCUCAUAUAGUUAGAAUAUUUUUUUUUUACCUCAAUUUAUGGAACUAUU